AUGGACCCAAGACAGUAUGGCCAGAACCACCAACUUCAGCCUCAAAAUGGAUCGCGACAGCACGAUAGAUUCUCAUGGCAGCAACCUCUUGAGGACGAUGCUCCAGCCUACCAGCAACCGCAAGCACAACCACAACAACAGACUCCACAAUACGCGGCGCAGCAAUAUCAGCAGUCACAUCAGCAAUAUCCACAGCCUCAGCAACGGCAACCUCAGGUCACUACAGAUGCAUCAAGACACUUCUCCUAUGCGCAAACACCAUCCGAGAUGCGAGCAUUCGUAUACACAUCCUCACCAAACGAUCCACCCAUGCCACAAUCUAUACCUAUAUCGCUUCCGACGUCGCCAGUGGGGGAUACGCCAAUCGAUCCCCGCCCCCAAUCGAUGAUGUUUUCGCAACAUCCGAUAAACCCGACCCAAUCCGAGACAGCUUACGUGCAGCCUCACGCUGAGGACGUUAAACCUCCCAUCUCGCCAGUCUCGCCCCAACACCCCGCUCAAACGCAGUACUUUUCUUCAGCCUCACCGAUCCCUCAGCCGCAACCUGUUCAACACGUUGAUACACACCAGAGCAGGCAUAUGCGACAAAUGAGCAACCUUUCCCCAAUCAACACAAAUCUACGAGCAUACCCCAUGCCUACUAUUCCUCCAACCCCACCAUCCGGGACACAUCAGACCUCGCCGUUACCGCAUAAGACGCCUAUAACGCCCAUGUCCGCCAAUUCAAUGCAGAAAGGGCAACCACGAGAGAACGCAACAUCUCCUUCGCAUCGCACGUCCCCGUACCCAAGCGAGCCCUACUCACCGCACGGCUUCUCUUCGAACCAAACCGGCAACUUCCAUGCCGUCUUCUCUCCCGACGCCGCACAUGGCCCCAACGGCUUAGACUUUGCCGCACACCAGCCAGGACAGAUAACGCACCCAAACAUGGAAUCCGAGAAGUCGCACGAAUGGAAGAACAGUCUUUGUGCAUGCAGUCCCGAGUUCUCAACUUGCCUGACUGGUCUUUUCUGCCCUUGUAUCCUCUACGGCCGUACAUCGUACCGCCUUUCGCAGAAAUCCGCAAAGAAGGAUCCCACGGAUAUGCUUGGUUACAGCUCCACCAAUGGACACUGCGCUGUCAUGGGCCUUUCUUGCGGUCUGUGGUGGUUGUUUCCCAUGCUCCAGCGCACGCGUAUCCGACGGGCCUACAAGCUUGAAGGCAGCUUCGGUGACGAUUUGCUCAAAGGGUGCUGUUGCUGCUGCUGUGUAACCGUCCAAAACGAGAGGGAGGUCAAGACGAGGGAGGAAGCUAGUAGACGGUGGGCUGGACCGGCGAGUACAGAUGUGUAUACGAGGUCGGGGGGGAUGGUGUAUAAACCACAACAGUGA